GGUAGUUUCGCCGGUCGUGGUUCACGCGGAAACCGUUAUUGUGCGGCAUCGUUGACGCGUCUCGCGUGCGUGCUGUGCCAGGCGACGAAGAAACGAGAGGCCAAGGACGAUGAUGGACGAGGGGACGACCGACGAGUGUCCGAACAACGCGCAGCUGUUUCGUAUCGCGAUCUCCCACAGUCUGAAAAGCAUCGCAGAGUCCGUGAGCGAGGAUAAGUUCGUCAAGAUACUUACGAUCCUCGAGUCCAAGCCCAAGAUCGCCAAGAAGCUGUAUAAAGUCAUGGUGCAGGAACUGUACAAUAGCAUGAACGGCGACCUGGAGGCUCUGCUGGAAGGCGAGGGCGCCGUACAAGACGCUCUGACCAAGAUCGCUGAACUGUCGGAAGACAGCACGACGUCUGCCAACGAAGAUGCAUGGCGUCCACCGGGAAACAUGGCUUUGCAUUUGAGGUCGGUGGACGUGCACACUAUCAAGGAAGCAACCGAGGAGCUGGAGAAGCGGGUGAACGAAAUGGAAAGAGAGAAUGAGACCCUGAUGAAGACCAUCGCGGAGAGUAGAUCGAGAAUACGCGCGACGAGCGACAAUGUGACGAAGAUUUUGGAUCGCGCGCCCGUCGUGUUGCAACGUUUGGAGAAUACGUACCAACAGUUAGCGACUUGCCUCAGGACGACCGACAGCGAAUGACUUCGAGAAAGAUCUCGGAGAUACAUAUUGUACAUAAUGUGUAUACGUGAUAAAAUUUAUAUUUCUAUUAAAAUUAGAUAUUCCCGUCGACUAGACUUACACAGAAGGAAAGUAUCUGCUUAUUUGUACAUUUA